GAAAUUCUUCUUUCUUUCCCACUAACCGAAACCCCAGUCCUCGCCUGCACUCGCCUCCAAAAGGUCGAUCUGCCUUACACUGACAAUGCCAAACCCAGCUGAAAUGGUCUUUCAUUCACCCUCUGAUCAAAUCGUUGGCACUCCGUUUUCUGUAAACAACUCGCCUAGAUUCGAAUAUCCCUUCCCUUCAUCCAGCUCGAACUCGAACUCUAUAGAAUCCACGCCAACCCUCACCGAGAGACACUAUUCCCCUACACAUCCUAAACUAUGCACUGCGGAUCCGCCUAUGCCUCCUAGCUUGUUGAAGAAACCUAAAUGGGCAGUAGGAUUACUGGGUCGCAAGUCAAACAUCAGUCAGAAGUACGCUAGCGGAGGUUCUGCGGGGAAAGGAAAAGUCUGCGACCAUCUUUCAUCAGAACAUGCUAGAGCCAGGAGAUUCUCUGUUGGCACACCCCCCGAGUUGUAUACCACUCCUGCAGAGGGUACAGACAGUUUCUUUUCGACGACAUCUGGACUGAACAGGACGACGAGUGCUCAGUGUUGACGACAUUUACGUUUUUUUACAAGUCAUGUUUCAUUUCCUUAUGUUGUAUUUUUCUUGCAGUCCAUACACGUAUCUAUGUCUUCCUGGGUUCAUUGACAGUCACUUGCAUUCAUUUAAUUGAUCAUUCAUUUUUGCAUUAUUUAUGUAUCACUACUGUCACAUUAUCGUCUUUUCGUCGCCUUGUUGUCUAUCCUAUCAGUGCAACUCCUUCCCAAUACCUUGAUAACCCACUCCAUCAUCGUAUAUUUACACCUGGUUCCGUACAUUUUUCUCAUCCACGCCUAAGCUAAGAUGUACCUACUUAUUUUUGUGAGCGUGUAGUACGUACGAACAGCUCGCAUUACCUUGGCUCUGUUUGUUCCAUGAUAUAUAUAUACGGACCAGGGGACACGGACACCCUCUUCCCCG